GCACCCCACAACAUACUCCAGCUCCCAGAAUUCCAUAGCCUUCAGCCAAGGCAAUCAAAGAAGUGCCAAACCAGGUUAUUUCUCCAGUCUGGAUGCAGCCUCUAUGAUCUGGAAGCAGAGAGGCCUGGGAAUACAAUGUGAGUUGGGGGACAGCUGGGCAAGAGAGGGGUCUCUGCAUUGGCUGCAAGGCAGGGAAGCGCAGCACUCCAGGAAGCUGGUUUUCUGGACUGCAUCUCCCAGAAUCCCUCAACUAGGAUGCCAAGGGCCUGGCUAGAUGAAAAACGUGGGCAGUGAUGGGACUUACCAACACAAUCACUGUUGUUAUUUAUAUGCCACCUUCCUCCCAGUAAUGGGUCUCCAGGAGGUAAACCACAUGCUUUAAAACAACACACAAUAAAAAGCCUAAGUAAAAAAGUCAACUUAAAAGCUAUUCAACAAUUGAUUAAAAAUCAUUAAAAGACAACACAAAGUGUAAAAACAAGACAGCGGGUCAUUAAAAGCCCGUCCCAUUCAGUGGCACAGGGACCUUGGCCACAUCCCUCCGCCUCCGAGGAAGACCAGGGCAAGCCUCCUCUGAGGAAUCUAUGUGGCCAAAAAAGACCCUUGGAAGGGGUUCCCAUAACUCCUAGUCACCCUGAAGGCACACAGGAACAACAAGAGGACAUUAUGAACCCUCACAGCUGGGAGAUGCCCCAGAAGCAGUUCCUUGGGCAGAACUGGUGCCCAGCAGUUGCAAUGAGCCACCCUCCCCAACAGUGGCGCUCCUGGGGCUGGGGUCAGCCAGUGGGUCACUCAUGGGGUCACCCCCCUCCCCUCCCACCCCAUCCGGGAUCUUUAGCAACGUUUUUGGUACUGAUGUUACUGGUAUGUAAGUCAUCAUUCCCUUCUAUCACUGACUGUAAGGGCAGGAGUUGGGACAUAAACAGUUGGCAAAACUAGAAUCAUAGAAUCCUAGAGUCGGAAGAGACCCCAGGAAGGGCCCCGAUCCAGCCCAACCUCUUCUUCUUCUGCCGUGCAGGAACUCUCCGUCAAAGCACCCCCAUUUUGACAGAGGGCCAUCCAGCCUCUGUUUCAAAACCUCCAAAGCGGGAGACUCCGCCACUCUCCGAAAUCAUUGGCUUUAAACUGCAAUAUCAUACCCGCAGCCUAAAGGCAUGCACACGUUACAUGGCUUGGUCAGAUGGGAUGUUUUUAAAGAGGGCCUCCAUUUGGAGGGAGGGGGACAUAGCUUUCCAAAGGCGGGCAAAGAAGGGGCUCCGACCGGCCGCUGCGGGGCGCCCUCGGCCCGAAAGAGAGAGAGAGAGGAAGCCAGUACUCGGGCGGGGUUAGGGCCGGAGGGCCCCGUCCCAAUCACAACAUGUUUUGGUGGCAGCAGCGGCGGCGGAGGCUCCUUAUGUAACGCCGAGGACGGAGCUCCCUGGCCCUCUCUGGCCCCGAUCCCAUAGAAAAGGCCAAGGGGGGCUUUUGAGGGGAGACCCUUUUCAAAGCAGGGCAUUGCGGGCUUGGAGCCCCGCUGGGCCCGGGCGGGGAGGGCUGGGGGCAGUUACCUUUGUUUUGGACUGCGACGGGAUGCUGGGAGUUGUAGUCCCCAAAGGCGACCCUCCCCACGCCCUGCCUCCUCCUCCUGCGAGCCCUCUCCUUUAAGGCCCCAUCGCUGCCUCUGGGCUUCCUCCCUUUUGGAGGCGUGGCCUCAUUUGCAUGCCAGGCUGAGACCAUGUGACGUGUCCGGCGCCGCCCCUAUAUAAAGCCUGCGGAGCAGAAAUAGGCUCAGACAGUGGUAGAGGUCGCGCGCGACGCCCGGGCAGCAGUUUUCCCUCUGGUCCGUCUUUGCCCCGUCCUGCUCGCCCACUUCCAGCCAGAGCCCCGGCCGGCCUUUCUGUGGUGCCCCUCGUGCCUGCCCUCUUCGCCUGCCGCCAUGAGCACUGGCGUGUACCAGUCCCCGAUGGAGGUGGCCGUCUACCAGCUCCACAACUUCUCCAUCUCCUUCUUCUCCUCUCUGCUGGGCGGAGACGUCGUCUCGGUCAAGCUGGACAACAGCGCCUCGGGGUCCAGCGUGGUCGCCAUCGACAACAAGAUCGAGCAGGCCAUGGACCUGGUAAAGAACCACCUGAUGUACGCCGUCAGAGAAGAGGUGGAGGUCCUGAAGGAGCAGAUCAAGGAGCUGGCGGAGAAGAACUCCCAGCUGGAGCGGGAGAACUGCCUCCUCAAGACCUUGGCCAGCCCUGAGCAGCUCCAGAAGUUCCAGUCCUGUUUGCCGCUGGAGGGCCAGCCACCCGCCCCAAACCCACUGUUGCUGCCGCCGUCCGGGGCCCCUUCCUCCCCGUUGGCAUUGGCAGCUGCGGAGAAGCAGAGCCCCGCGGGGCCAGCGGCCUCCCUGGCGGCCCAGCACUCGGCGGGCUCUGCGGUGUAAGGUGGCUCUGUCCAAGGGGUGGGCAGAGCCACAGAACUCUUUCUACUCAACCUCCUUGAAAGUGGUUUCCUCCUCUCCUCUGGAGGACUCCGAAUCUGGGCUUGAGGCCAUGCCAAAUCCUUACGUGGGUUGGCCAGAGACUUGUCUCCUGCAGAAAGAAGGGCCGGCAAGGACACAUGGGGCCGUCCGCGUGCGUGUGCAUAUGCGUGGAAACGUGCCCAUGCCUGGACUGCCUGCUCUUGAAGGAGUCUCAGGAUUGCCCUCCACUUGUGUUCCUGCAGAAGAGAACCAUGCGCAGGACAGAGGGAAGGGCCUCUAUUCUUCAGGAAAAAGACUGUUGGAACUGGAAGAAGCAGCACUUGGGGUGGCUAAUUUCACAAGGCCUUCUGCCCCUUCCCCUUUUCUGGGAUGGGGAGGUGCCUGCUGCUUGCAGGGGUCUUGAGGGUCAGACUGCCCUGUCCAAUGCUUGGUGCCAAACGUCUUUCCAGCAACCCAUUUGGCAGUGUGAGCAGAGCUGCCUCGCAUUGUUCUGGACUAUGAUGCGCUCCCCCUCCCAGGAUUUGAGGGCAGCUCAGGGGGCCUUGUAAGGACUGGGACUGGAAAAGAAGCAUUUGUGCCAACAAACGGUGGUGGUGGUGGGGGCUUUGUCUGACAUGAUUCGUCUUACUUAAUCUUGUCUCACAAAUGUUGUACACAGGCAACCCCCCAACCCACCUGGGAAUGGGGGAGCUCAGCCCCUCUCUGCCUUUCUCAAGCCCUGGGUGGACCUUGACCCAAGACCAAGGCUGGCGGAAGAGACUGUGGGCAAGAGGGGCCCAUGGGGUGGGCAUUGCACAGAUGGAGGGGCACAGGAGGAGCAUGUGGGGUGGAGGGCUGGCUUGGGGAACAGCCCCCCUCUUCCUAUUGCAAUGGAGGGCUUUGCCUCUUUUGAUACACACACACACACACUCUUUGAUGGUGUAAUAUGUUGAGAAACUGCAAUAAAAGCCUACGUUUUAUAUAUAA